AUGUUGGCCGUUGAAGAAGCUUGGCUUGGGUCAAGAAUUCACAACGAGCGAGCUGCGUUGGGGCGGACGAAGCAUGCCGUCAUCAGAGUCAGACUAACAGACAGACAGCAAGAUGCAAAAUCCGGUACGGGCCACUCGAAUAAGCCAGGUGCCAGCCCCAAGUCCCGAGCCCAGCACUCCAAGCCUUUUGAGGGGUUCCCAAGAUUCCCUUUUGGACGCCUUCCCUUGAGGCUGCUGAGGACAAAUAUCAUUUGUCCAGAGAAAUACUAUACUGAAUACUGUACUGUUGCGCGGUACCAUGACCACUACUCAGCCACCCUAACAGUAUUCUAUCUCUCCAGCACCUCCGGACAACAAGACGCGACGCGCCACAGCCAGCCACAGCCAGCCACAGCCCGUCCGCCAAACAAACGGCUUUCACGACAAGAUUUCGCAACAACACACAAGACCCCCUCAUACUCAUACUCCCACUCUCACACACCCCAACACACGCUAUUGGAACAUGCACGCGGCAGGGAAUCUCUUGCUCUGGCAAAUGGAGCGCCUGCCAUGAACACCGACGACGAUGACGAUUUUGACUUUUCCGACCAUGACCUCGAUGACCUGCCCGCCAACACGCUGCUACACCUCGAGGCCAAUGCCAUUCGCGCCACUCAGCACCAAGCCCAGCAACACCACGAAGACGAUCAACACCAUGAACACCAUCGCCAACAUGCGCUGCAAUCUCGCUCCAAUGCUCGGCCAGAGUCCGACUAUGGCCUCGACGACGGCGACAUAGUCAUCAACCUCGGCGACACCACCGCCCCGCCCCCACCUGCCUCACCAUGGGUCGCUGCGCCUCAGGAAACCCCAUCACAGCUAGAAUGCGCAAAUCAGCGCAAGUACCACAAUCUCUACCUCGACCCGUACGCUGAGCAUGCCCACGAUCAACUCAAUGAUCCAUAUCAAGACCAGUACAACGAUGCUGGACGCACGGAGCUGCCAUACCGCUCGCAGGCCGACCCAAAUCAGCUUCUCCAGCGAAUCAAGAAGCUCGAGCAGGAAAAAGCUCGCGAGAAGCGGGAUGCCGAAGAGUUAAAGAACCAGCUACAGACCAAGUCAGGCGAAGCAGAUACCCUCAGACGUCGCCACGAUGCAGAAGCUCGUCGAUUCGAGCGCCAGAUGGCCGACCAGCAGCACGCUCACUCCACUGAGCUGGCCAGAUUGCGCGCCGAGAUGGAGAAGCUGCGGCGCGAAACCGAGUCUGUCAAGACAGACAACAUGUUCAACCAGCACGAGGCACGCGAACUAGACAUGGCACGCCGCACAGCCAAGGCCAUGGUGACCAGAUCCAAGCCGUCCGCCGCAGUGACCAUCAGCCCAGUCGGCACCCCCAAGCGCGCGCCGAAGACCAGAGGCCCAUUUGGCGAUGGAUUCGACGACGACGAUGUUAUCAUGGCAUCUCCUUCGAAACAGCGCGAAAGACAGAAAACCACAACGCCAAAGCAGAUUGGCAAGAGGAAACGGCAAGUCACCGAUCAAAGUCCUAUACCGCUGCCUGCCCUGCAACUGAGCCAGUCUCGCAGCCGCCCAACUGAAAUCGUAUCCGAGCUAGUUUCGGAUGAGGGUACGAUAGACGUGUCGCUCCUUGAGAACUUUCGGCGCGAUGAUCGCCGCUUCACUCUCCUACAUCAGCUCUUGUCUCACCCUUCUACCAACGGCUCCGAUCGUAUAUUAGAGGCUUUGACGCAGUAUGCCUUGCCUUCACAGCCCACCAAGAAGCUCUCCUCACUGAUAUAUGACGCCCUGGCCAACGCCAAAGUGCCCGAUGUACAUGGUCUGGCUCUUCACAUUUGCAACGCCUUUCUCGAUCUGUGGAAGCGUUGCCAGAGUGAAAAGUAUUACGCUCCCACCUCCCUGAUUCUUGAUACUCUACAUUUUGUCUUGGCUUGUGAGCCCAUCGAAACGGCGGUGCAGCUAGCUGAUCGUGCUGUUCCCCUCAUCAUUGCUUUUGUCGAUCUUGUUGCAGACCCCAUCUCCAAAGCGGCGAAAGGUGGUGACAAGGCUGUAGCUACGCUAUACUCGUCCGCGCAACAAGAUAUCGCGUCGCAAAUAGACGUCCUGGACUGUCUUGAGUUGCUGUACCUCAUAGCCACCAGCUGUGCAUCUUCUUCCGAACGAGAACAUCUCAUGCGAUUUUGGCAAUCGAUACCUUCCACCUUUGCAUGCAUGUUAUUGGUCAAAGAGCAGCCACCUUCGCAGAUCACCUUCAUGCUGCGCAUACUCAGUACCUCUGCGCUUGACGACACGCUUGGUCCUAUCACCACAUCCGAGUCUGUGCAUGAAACCCAGGUCAGCAUCGAAGACGCAUUGCUCAAUCGACUGACAAACCUGUUUACCGAGACACCGAGAGUCAUUCCUGGUCCUUCUUCUGCUUCAACACCGCCGGCCGAAGUGUCUGAGGAAGAUAUCUGGGAUCUGCGCCUUCUCGUGCUCUCCGUGUUGACACAAUUUUCCAUUUCAACAUACGGCUCAUCACGAUUGGCGCAAAACAGGCUCUGCAUCGGUCGCCUCAUCAAAUACCUCGACUAUUGCAUCACCACCUUGUAUACACAACCGCUCUCGCCAACUCAGGUUCACAAAGUAAACUCGAUCAAUGCGACCAUGAGGCUUAUCUAUCACAUUGCGACGAGCAAUACAGACUUUGACAUCAAAAGCAAGCUUGUCAAUACACUUGGUGGACAACAUGCGUAUUUGGUUGCAUUGACGCGUCUUGCGUUUAGCGAGGGUUUGGUCUUGGAGCAUGGAAUCGAAGACGAGGUUGUCAACAUGGCGCACGACAUACUCGAUGAAGGGCUGAGUCUGGAAGAGGGUGAUGCUUUCGGCAAAGUCUACAGUAGCGGGAAUACUGUUUGA